AAAACAGAAAACUGGUCGAGCAAUUGGAACGGGAGACCGACAAUAAGCAGCAAAAGCAGCUAAAGCAAAACGAACACGAGCACGAGAAAACAAGAGGAAAGCAGAUCUUCCAUAAUGGCGGCAAAUGAAUUGGACAAAACGAAGAAGGAGGACGAGCAGGACAAUCAGUUCAUCUGCCGCAUUGUCUACAAAAAUGAUAUGCCCGGUCCGUCGCUAGAUUGCAAAUUUCUCCCCUGCGGCAAGGAUAUUCUGGAGUACACUUUGGAUCCGGUUUCGUAUCCCGAACAGGAGUCCUGCUUCUUGCAUCAUUUCAGGGGUCUUCAUUCGCUAUUUGACGUCGAUUUAGUGAACCAUUUGGUUUACGAAAAGCCACCCAGGAAUGUGCAGCAAAUGGAUCCCAGGGAUGCACCUCUGCUGGCGGAUACAGAUGCCCUGCAUUGUGGCAAUGGCAAGCCUGAGUCAAGUCCUGCCCAGGAAUCCGCCCAGAUGUUAGCCAAGGAGCGGAUUCCUCCUCCACUUCCUCGCCCAGGAUUACAGCGUCCUCCUGCCGAGCCAAAGGUCCUGAAAAGCCUGCAGGCCAUUAGCCUGGAACAGCAGAGGCAGAUGAUUGACAGGACCUUCGAGGAGAUCAAGCAACCCGUUUACCGGCAUCCCACAAAUCCAAGGAGCGAUGCUCGACCCGUUUCCAUUCUUCCGAUUUUUCCAGACUCCAAUUUCCAGAGCUUCAACUUCAUCCAAAUACAGUUCGAUGUUGCGCCCAAUGACAAUAGCCAGAAUUUAAUCAAGGACUGCGGCAACUAUCUGGUGAACUUUAAUCCCAUCCAACAGUCGGACCAAACUGGAGAGCAGAUAUAUCUAUCAGAUCAGCGUUAUAGCGAAGAGAAAACCGCUGAAAACGCGGAGCUUGAAGAGUGUUUUAUACUCAAGGAACGAGACGGCUGUCUCUAUUACGUAGGUGUGGAGAAACAUAUGAAAUUGAGGCGGGAGCUGCCACGCCCACAGGCUAUGGCCAACAAGUGUCUGCUGCAGGUCAAACGAGUACCAAUGGAAACAAAAUAGGGAGGAAUUGAUUUUGGGCAGGAAGGGAUCCCAUCGCAUGAUUGAAAUUCCCUGUUGAGAAAACAACUGCCCAGCGAUGAAAUAAGGCAAUAACAAAAUUGAUAUGAAAUUCUCACAAAUUGAAAGAAAUUUCCACUGGAAAUACCUGAAAAUAUUGCAUAAAUAAAAAUCAA